AUGUCUCUCCCCCAGACUACGACAAUGAAGCAACCACCGACCCAGUCCUCCAUCAAAUCCUUCUUCCAACCCCGCCAGCAACCCUCAUACGCUCCGCCACCCCCAGCGUCAAAGUACGCCCCCGCGCCGUCAUCGAAUGGAACAUCUGCUGCAGCUGCCCCUCCCGCGACCAAACCCCCACCAUCGUCAACAUCAACACCACCUCCCCCUCCUAAAUCCUCAGUGACGACGGCGACAACAACGACGACACCACCGGGAACUUCGCCCUCAGCAACGACAUCACAAAUAUCACAACCGCCAGCCUCGACGCCCCUCCACCCAAGCGCCUCGAUCCGCCCCGUCUUAGACCAAGACCUCCAACCCCUCCGCCGCAUAAACUCCCUCCUCCUCCCAGUGGCCUACCCAGAAACUUUUUACGCCGCGGCCCUCACGGGUCCCUUCUCCCGCGUCGUCACCUGGCGCGACCAACCCACCACAAACUUUUCUCAGGAAAUCGUCGUCGGCGGCGUCGUAGCCCGCAUCGAACCCUCCCCCUUUCCCUCCGCGACCCCGACCCCAACCCGCCUCGAACACGCCCUCUACAUCCAGUCCCUCGCCCUCCUCUCCCCCUACCGCUCCCAUGGCCUUGCCACCGCCGUGGUAGACCACCUUGUCGCCGCAGCCGCGAACUCCUCCCCCGAUGUCAACCUCCGCCACAUCUACGCUCACGUCUGGACCGAUAACGAGGAGGGCAUGCGCUGGUACGCCGCCCGCGGGUUCGAGCGGUACGGUGAGCCGCUGCAGGGAUAUUACAUCAAGCUCCGCCCGGACUCGGCCUGGAUCGUCCGCCGCGCCGUCGGGCCUCUGUCCAUCGGCGGGCAGCAACAGUCCCUGUCCUCUGACAGAGCCACGGCCACCCCGAUCCCAGGUCCCACCGCCGCCGUUGCGAACCUGCCACCCAUGAACGGCGGCCCCCCUCCUCCGCCGCUGUCGAGGACAAUCUCAGGCACAUCCUUCCAGAACCGCCGCGCCGCGACAGAGUGGAACGACCUCCCCGACGAAAUGGCAUCCGCCAAGCUCGCCCCUCCCAAGAGCAACGGCGGCUCGGGCGCGAGUUCCAGGAGCAGCUCGACGGUGAGGAAGAAGAAGGAUAGAUCAUACCCGGCUGCCGCUUUCCAGGGCUAG